AUGACAGAUCCUAAGCGCGGUAACUACGAGGACAUCAACCAGAAAUUAUGGUACCGAAGGUUCAUACGGGGUAUCAAUCCUGCUACAAAAGAGCCAUACCCUGACAAGGACUCUCCGGCCACUGAAGACCAGCUCAAGAAUGACUUCGUGGACUACUGGGGCAAACGCUUGCAGUCCGAUAUUGCCUUUCGCAAGCACAAUACUUACAAUGAGCUGAUGACACAGUUUUGGGAGGAUCCCGAUAUUGUUUUGCAGACAUAUGCUGUUGCAGAUGGUCAAACUGUCCCACGAGACAAGCAGAAGGACUGGUUUCGCUCCGACCUGCGCUUCAUCUCUGUCAUCUUCCCCGCCGAUGCAAAGCACAGCAGAAAGUCCAAGGCACCUAUUGCAUCCGUGGGAUGGGCGCCAUGGUUUGUCCUAAUCGCAGCAUCAUCCGCCAUCCACUCUGAGAAGGACAUCCUCCACAUCAUGAGUUGGUCUGUUGACGAUGGCCAAUUCAGAUACUAUGCCCGUGACCUCAUUAUGAAUGAUGAGGCAACAGGUCAGCACGGCUGGGUAUAUCUCUGCUCUUCAAUGGAUGCAUUCGAUGCUCCCGGCAAGGCUUACCUUGGUCCUCUGAACGGUCAUGUAAACGGAGGCAUAGUCAUGAAAGAAAUUCACAAACCAUGGAUGCAUUGGCUCGUGGGCGGUCGAGGUGUGACGGAUCUUCUCAGCCUUGAGCUUGCUAAAGAGCUCAUGGAGGUCCCCUGGCUUACCCAUCCUGGCCUUCCUCCGCUUUAUGGUGCAAGUGUGGGGUCUGGCGAGACUUUCGAGAGAAUCGUUCUUGACUCUGUCAGAGUCUGGUUUGCCAGUCGGUGCCGCAAGGACUUCAUGACUGCCAAAGGAGAGACAGAGAAGUGCCCCCGCAACAUCCAGCGUUGGGCAGCUCACUUUUUCCUUACCACUAACAUCAACAUCGCUGCCACUUCCAACAUUGCUGAUUAUGUCCAUAAAGCCAAUAUUGUGCCUUCCGAUCACUUCUUCAACUAUGAAAUGCUCAGAGGAAACAUGCACGACAAAAAGUGGCUGGCGGCUCAUAUCCUUGAAGAACCACCAGCUGCGUUGACAGAAUGGAACAAAGGUCAGUUUGGAGAAGCCGAGCAUCUGUACUACACCCAGGAAAAGUGGUUCAAAUCAUACUCUAUCGGUUCCUUUAGGUACGAUGCAUUAACAUAUCUCUGGGCGUCGCGUGAGCUGAAACUCUGCACCCUACAAGAGGUGGUAAACGCAAAAGAUGCACAACUCAUCGUCCCCGCAAAGACCCUUGCAGGUGGCAUCUUCAUGGGGACCCUCGAGAAUGGCAGACAGAACAUUGACGGGGGACACGAGGUGAACUUUGCCGUUCAGCAAUGGGGUGAGGGUGACAACCCUUGGGUCAUCCUUCAAAGCUCUGUUGAUGAUGCCCACGGUGUUUGGACAGCUCAGAAAAUGUUCUUGGGAGACGACAGGAAUGCGGCACGGUGCCAACUCUUCUCGGAAAAGACCUUCAAUGCUCUUCAAAUGGUCGACUUUUGGAACCCGAUCUACUCUUGGCGACGUCUAAAGUUGAUGCAGUACAUCCCUGUGGCGGCCGAGCUCGUGGAGACUCCUACCAAGGACCCAGUCAGCGGUGAAGACGUCUACACGUAUGAUCUCGAGAAGAACUUCAUUGACGCGGUCAGGAAGAGGGUAAGUGGACUAGGCGAGCUGAAGAACUUGAAGGAGGAAUGGCCAGAGGCUGAGUUUCUUCUGAACUUGGAGAAGCCACUCAUCGAGCAUCAGAUUCGCAUUAAAGCCUAUACCAGCAGCGCUGCCGAUAAUCUCGGGGAUUCGGCCGGGAUUCUCAAUUAUCUCAAGCUCGCCGAGUCGCGACGCCGCAUGUUCCGUCCCAUGCCGAUGAACUUCUUUGGAAGCAACAUUCCAUACUGUCUUGCCAUGCCAACAGAUCAUCCAUGGCUAGAGAUGACUGAAGAAGCUACUGUGCAAAACAUCCCCGACAGAGGCCGCGAGGUGCUUAAGGGCUGGUUGCAAACGCUGGCUGGUGCCGAUCCCAAAGUUAUUCCCCACUACAAAGAGCUACAUGAGAUCAAUGAUAUGAUCAAGGAUAACGUCAAACAUGGUGAGGUGGGAUUGCCGGUUAGCUUAUUGCCAAAGCCGUCGACGAUGAGAAUGGCUUGUCAGCGCUUUAUCGCAGUGACGAACCCCGAGACUUCGGAGAGGCCUCAUAGCUGUCCGUUCCUAGCAGGGGAGCAUCUGGCUUCGGCCCAUACAGCGGUUGAGGCCUGA